UAUAAGGGGCGGCGGCGGCGGGGCCGGGCGCGCUAUGGGGAGCGGGUGGUGCGCUGCGGAGCUGCUGGCGGCGGGACCGGGGCGCGGGGCGCUGCUCUUCGUCCUCUUCCUCCUCCUCUUCCUCCUCCUGCUGCUGCUGGGCUGCUCCCGGCCGCUGGCGCUGCGGCGCGGUCCCGGGCAGGUGGGCUACCUGCCGGAGCCCGGGCUGAGCCGCAGGCAGGCUGCUCGCCGCGCCCGCCGCGCCCGCCGCCCCGGCGCCCUGCCGCCGCCUUACCCCAACGGCUGGUACCGCCUGCUCGACUCCGCGCAGCUGCCCCGCGGAGGCGUCCGCAGCCUCGCCCUGCUCGGAGAACAGCUCGCUGCAUUUCGCACCCAGGAUGGCCAAGCCUACGUGGUCGACGCUUACUGCCCUCACCUCGGUGCUAACCUUGCUGCCGGUGGGCGUGUCAUGGGCAAUUGCAUCCAAUGCCCGUUUCACGGCUGGCAGUUUCGAGGAGAAGAUGGAAAAUGCACCAGCAUCCCGUAUGCUGAAAAAGUGCCAGAUUUUGCGAGGGUCCGGACCUGGCCGUCCUGCGAGGUGAACGGGAUGCUGCUGGUCUGGUACCACUGCGAAGGGGUCAGUCCGACGUGGGCAGUGCCCGAGCAGCGGGAGAUCACCACCCAAGAGUGGGUGUUCCAUGGGCAGACAGAGCACUUGGUCGACGCACACAUCCAGGAAAUCCCCGAGAACGCGGCCGACACGGCUCACCUGGCUUUCCUCCAUGGACCAGCUAUUCUGGGCGGAUCCGAUCUGAGAUACACAAGGUCCAAGCUGUGGGAUUUUAUGAAGCACAUCUGGAAGGCCGAUUGGCAGCCGGAGCCGGAGCCCAACAAGCAUUGCUCCCAGCUUCUGGUUCAACACACCGCAACCAUCUUUGGGAAGCACGUCUCCUUGAUGGAUUUGAUGGUUUCAGCCCGGCAGGUGGGGCCAGGGCUGGUUUUCCUGAUCUUUGAACAUGCUUUCCUUGGCCAUGGGAUCAUCCUGCAGACGGUGACUCCCCUGGAGCCUCUCCUGCAGAAUGUUGUCCACAAAAUCUACUACCAGAAGAACAUACCGGCCAUAAUCCCCAAGUUCAUCCUGAGAGCAGAGUGCAUACAGUUUGAGCGCGAUAUAACCAUCUGGAAUAACAAACAGUAUCUGCCCAAGCCGCUGCUGGUCAGAGAGGACUCCAGCAUCCAGAAGCACCGGCGCUGGUACGCCCAGUUCUACAGCGAGAAGAGCAUGAGGCUCCCGGCACAGAAGGAGGGUCUGGACUGGUGAGAACCUCAUUGCACACUGCAGAAGGUGGCCAGGUGGCUCCUGCCCACCCUGGCUGGUGGGCAGCGGUGCUGGGCAUGCAUGAUCAAUAUAACAAAUAUUGGCACGGGGAGCAGAGCCUGAGCUCUGGAGAUCCUCUUUUACCUUCCAUGUUCAGGGCACCAAAGCUCAAAGGGUGUAACGCACUUGCUCUUGUACCUGUGCUGCAACCUAUGAGCUGAGUGUGAAUUUAAGAUUGCCAGAAUUGUCGUUAGAGUGCCCUUAUCUCUCACUGCUGCUAUCAUUAUGAGUAGUUAUAUGAAAAGCUUUUCAUGGGGCCUUUUAUUGCCUGGAGUGUCCUUUCCCAGCCAGGCCUGCUGUUGCUUCUGAACCGUCAGUUUGGCUGGGGCAGGCUUCAGCUCUCCAGAGGAGCCUUGGCUGAUAUCUGGAUGGCAUCAGAGGUGUGAUUGCAAAGAUCACAGACAUAUGCUGUCUUCCUUCUCUCUGGCAGCAGACAGGGCAGCAUGGGGUUUAGCUGCCCACCAUGCCCUUACCUUACCUGUGGGUUUCAUCAAGGCUAAUGAGCUCUUGCAUGAUUCAAUUCCUCCUGGAGAUAUUGCACCUAGUUGGGAAGCAGAGGGACUGUCCUGGUGACCAAAUCACUUUGACAACAAGUCUGCAGGUCAAGGAUGUGAAUAGGAUUCUGCUUCGGUAGCCCCUGGGUUCCAGCAACAUCCUUGGUACACAGCUGGCUGUAAAAAUUUGUGUCUCAUGGCAAGACCAUAGAUAUGAUUUACUGUGACCAGAAAUGAAGAUAACACAUGGAAACUAGGCUGCAAAUCUGGUGAAAACUGGUAUAGAUUCUCCUGUACUUUGUGCCUACAUGCUCUAGAUGAAGGGCUAAAUUCUGCCUUGCUGCAUACCCUAGAGAAUCCCACAAUCUCCAUAGACAGCCCGCCCUGUAUAGUUGGUAGGACUCUGGCAGUUACUCUUUGCCAAGAGCCAGCAAGAGCAAAUGCUCAAGUCCAGGAGCUUUCCAAGGGGGCUGGUGUCUGCUGCUGUCACGCACUGUGCGCUUGCCUGUGCGUUGUGAAUUCAGCACUUUGCUGAGGCUUCUGCUUCCUCCUUCACCAGUAACGCACAGGGCAGGACCAGGAGCAGGAACGUGCCAUCACAGCCCUCGGCCAAUGCAGUCCAUCGCCCACUCUGGCAGCAUCCCAGAUAACGUUCUGCUUUGCCUUUCACAUCUAGCUAUUGCACUGUCAAUUUUUCACUAUUAAAACUUUUUACAAACUGA